GAUUCCGGGGCGGUGCCAUGUAUUGCGGCGCCGAAGAGGAGGAGGAGGAGAAGAAGGUGGUUGCUGUGGCGGCAGUGGCGGCAGGAGGGCGGUUUCCGCUGAGGCGGCGGCUCCGGCGGCUGUGAGCGCGGCCUAGUCCCUUCCUGCCUGCCUGCCUCCCUCCUUUCCUUCUGGCGGCGCCAUGUCGGAGGCGACGGUGGCGGACACGCGGCGCCUGAACUCGAAGCCGCAGGACCUGACGGACGCCUACGGGCCGCCCAGCAACUUCCUCGAGAUCGACAUCUUCAACCCGCAGACCGUGGGCGUCGGCCGCGCCCGGUACACCAGCUACGAGCUCCGCAUGCGAACAAACCUGCCUAUCUUCAAAUUGAAAGAAUCCUGUGUGAGGCGACGAUACAGUGACUUUGAGUGGUUGAAAAAUGAGCUGGAGCGUGACAGUAAGAUUGUAGUGCCUCCGCUGCCUGGCAAAGCCUUGAAACGCCAGCUCCCUUUCCGAGGAGAUGAAGGCAUCUUUGAGGAGUCCUUCAUAGAAGAACGAAGACAGGGCUUAGAACAGUUCAUAAACAAAAUCGCUGGACACCCGCUGGCACAGAACGAGCGUUGCUUACACAUGUUCCUGCAAGAGGAGAUCAUUGAUAGGAAUUACGUCCCAGGGAAGGUCCGCCAAUAGGGGAGCCCAGCGUCCUCCAUUUUUUCCUCUUCCCCCACCCCACCCUUGCAAAAAUGACAUUUAUUUUUACACUCUCUUCUUCUGAACCAGCUUUUUUCUCUCUGAACUUCCUUCCCUCCCCGCCCCAUGCCCACUUUUGUCCGGUGUUGCCUGCCACGCCACCGCAUCCCGAUCCCCUUUGUCAAGGCAGCAGAGUUGAGUUCCGUCGGUCUUCGGUCUCUGUAUAGAAGGUGUGGAGCUGCAAAGAGCUGCACCUGUUGAUGGAUGUGUAGAGCUUGCUGGGAAAAGGAGGCUGAGGGAUACAACGUGCAGGUGAGGAUGGGGAGGGGGCAUCUCAAGCAUGUGCUAAGAAGAACAUGGCUCUUCUUCAGCAAUUGUAAGGAUCCCUUUAGCAUUUUGCUCCAUUAUGGCAGAAAGCAGCAAAUGUUUCCCCUGUUGAAACGAGGGCAUAGUAGACCAAAAAAAAUAAAAAAGCUUGGAAGCACCUUUGAGAGAGCAGUUGCAAAGAGUUUACAAGUGGCCAUUGUCCACAAAUCCACUAUCCCGAGUAUUUCUGGUCUUCGCUGCUAAUCCUACCCCUAGAAUCUUUUCAGUUUGAUGAGUUGACAAAAGGCAGAAAGGACUUCCUAUCCAGAGGCACCUUCCUGCUGCCUCUAGGAGAAACAAGGCUCUGCAAACGAGUUGUGGGUUCUCAGAAAUGGAAGCUUGUUGAGGUCCGGGCAGAUGAAGCCUUUCUUGGAUUCUUUGGCUGGUUCUUGAUUCCGGAAGUUGCAGGGUGGGCAGUGUUUCUCCAGGCAGGGACGGAAAAUAUCACAACCGGGCCUCGCCAAGCUAGACUUAGGAAUUUUUGAGUCCCAGGCAACUUGGCAUGCCUCUGUUGUGGUUCACAGAAACUUUCCUUGGGGAUUGGGUCAGCAGCCACUGAGGGUUAAGGUGCAAAGUUCUCUGCUCUUUGUUUAAUAUUUAAUCUGCUUUGGAGGUCUUGUGGGUGCCAUGAAAGGCAUGUCGGAAAAUGGGGGUGUCUUCACUCGAUUCAAAUAAGGGGCCAGAGCAUGUAUGUAUGUGGGAAUGGGGAAGUAAUAAAGUGACUUCAACAUUGCCUCUUCUGCACCUUCUGCUAUUCCACGUGUGAUGGAGCGUGACACUGAGGGCAGGAAGGAGAAGCUGUACAUGAAACCCUGCAUGUUUUGGGGGGUAAAGAGGCGAUGGAAAUGCACUCUCCGUUUAUGAGGUGACUGGAGAGCAGGGAAGACUGUUCUCCUCAUCUGCCAAAGCAACUCACUCUGAAGAUGCUGCCUGAGCACAGGUUGCUCCUGUUGAAAAGGUUCUCGCGUUCUCAUUGGAGGCAGCUUCCUGAAUCUGCAUUCGCUGUGGGUUUGUGAAACCCUUUCUUUCAUUUGGUGCACAAGUCUGAAGAUCAAAGGCUCUUGCUGCUGUACAUAUAUAUAUAUAUAUACUGAUGUGGGGCUUCUAAUUCAGCGAUCUUAUGUCUUCAGUUGACUGUCCAAUGUAAUGUCCAAGACUUGUUCAUAUUAAACCACUGUGAAGCCGA